GUCCCAUUCGACUCUGCAUCGCAAUUCCUAGCCAAUGAUCCUUUCCUUUUGUUAAUCAUUCUAUUCAUAUACUACAUACAUUUACAUCCAUAUACAUUACUCCACAUCACUCUACUGUCCAUCACUCUCCAUUGCUCUCGAUUACUCCCAUUAUCCUACACUACAUUACUCAUACAGAACAAAUCAAGACAUUUAUUCGAAAGAAAACAAAGAAUAAACAGCCAACAAUGCACCCCUUUGUUCGGAAAUCUAGCAAGCGUGCUGCUGUUGUUGUGGGCGUUGUAGUCGGGACAGCCUAUUUACUCGAAGCGCUCAAGAUCAAGAAAAAGGAGGAGCGUUUCUCUAUGAUUAUCGAAAGUGAAUCUAAACUCUGGCAGGGUGCAUGAGAACAAGAAUGAGGAAGAAGAAGAAGAAGAAGAAGAAGACGAGGAGGAAGAAAGGGGGUUUUUUUUUCUUUUUCUUUUUCUUUCUCUUUCUUUCUCAUUUUUUCUCUUCUGUGCUUUUGAUCCCAUCUAGGAUUCCUUGUUUUUUUUUUCUCUGGAGCCUUUUCCCUUCCGAGC